CGUGCAGUCAGUUUAGUGAAAAGAAAAGCAAGUUUCGGUUCGGUCGCGGUGCCCUGCCCAAAAAAAGAAAAGAGCAGCGAGAAAAUUCAGAAACAGCUCAAAAACGGUCGUCCAAACCGCGAAGUUCCCGCUGAACUGGGUGGAAAGUGCGUGGCGUCCGUUCGUAGUGUCGUGAUUUGAGAAAAGAAAUCAAGUAAAAAUCAACCGGAAGUCAGCUCAGAUCCGCCAAAAUGCAAACGAUAAAGUGCGUGGUUGUGGGCGACGGUGCCGUCGGUAAGACCUGCCUGCUCAUCUCGUACACGACCAACAAGUUCCCCUCGGAGUACGUGCCGACCGUGUUCGACAACUACGCCGUCACGGUCAUGAUCGGCGGCGAGCCGUACACGCUGGGCCUGUUCGAUACCGCUGGUCAGGAGGAUUACGAUCGACUGAGGCCGCUGUCCUAUCCCCAGACGGACGUAUUUCUGGUGUGCUUCUCCGUCGUCAGUCCCAGCUCGUUUGAGAACGUCAAAGAAAAGUGGGUCCCGGAGAUAACGCACCACUGCCAGAAGACGCCGUUCCUGCUCGUCGGCACACAGAUUGAUUUGCGCGACGAGCAGAGCACGCUGGAGAAGCUGGCCAAGAACAAGCAGAAGCCGAUCACGCUGGAGCAGGGCGAAAAGCUGGCCAAGGAGCUGAAGGCGGUCAAGUACGUGGAGUGCUCGGCGCUGACGCAGAAAGGACUCAAGAACGUAUUCGACGAGGCCAUCCUGGCCGCGCUGGAACCGCCAGAGCCGACGAAAAAGAGGAAGUGCAAGUUCCUGUAAUUUCCGACCGCGGAUCUUGCUGCUGCUGCUGCUGUAGACGGUAUUGUUUUUUUCUGUUCUUCUUCAGUUUAUUAUUUUUUGAAGACAGCCGCGUGCUUGCGACGCGAACGGAAAAGAGACGAAAGCAUGCUUUUGAGGAGACGAAGAAAUAUACAUACACACACACAUUUAACGUUGGUUAAAUAAUUGUAACAAAAGAAAAAUUGAGGAAGAAUCCCUUUUCGAGCGGUGAGUAAAUUUGUAGGAGGAGCUACAUUUCCUAAAAAUUUAAAGUGAAGGGAAAGAGAAAUGAGAGAAGCAUGAUACUAACAAGAAUAGUUUGUUUUGAAAAGGUUUAAAUAUUAAUAGAGUACACACAAAACAACGGUAUUGUAAAGGAACACCUUUUUAUGUAAACAGAAGUAAAACUAUCCUCAUCCAGCUGAAAUUACAAAAAAAAACACACACACACAGUAACGUAAAGCUAUUAUACAAUUUAAACGUGUAAAACAAAAAAAAAACAAAACUAUUAAGAAAUUUAUACACAGCUUUUUUACAAAAUAUUAAAAGAAUAAAAAAUUGUAAAAAAAAACCACAACAACAUAGGAAAGGGAAGGCAAAAGAAAGCUGAUGGCAGACGAACGCGGGUAGAAAUCAAAACAAAGAUGGCGGCCUUUAUAGCGGCCCAGAUUGACAGUUGCCGAGAGAGCAGCCUCUGCAUUUGUUGUAUUGUUUGGUCCUCCAGUUGUGCUGGGUUGCUUUGUUUCGGAAAGUUUUGAUGACACACGUUGCCAUAAUGGCGGCGACGACGACUGCGCUAUAAAACUGUUUGACAGAUGAGGGGGCCAUUAUGGCGACAGGCAAAAAAAGCGAGAAAGAGAGUUGCAUUGUUUGAGAAAGAAUAAAGUUAGCUUGUAAGAGCGCAAGUAUUUCCUGAAACUGUGGAAGCUGCCGGUGCGGAAUUUAUGGAAGGUCCAAAUCAGUUUUUUAAAUCGUCCCUUCCUACACAUAACACAUUCACAGUAGAAAAGAUUCGUUUGCAUUUUUCCCCCGUAUUGCAUCAUGCUUGUUGUGUUCGUACUUUUAACUGAGAAAAGAAGGAAAACGAUUUCAUCCCGCAAACAUUAAUUCAUUUUUCAAAACUAAAACUUCUUUUCUAAAAGGGAUGUUUUGACUUUUCUCUCCCUCACACAAUUUAGAGACAGAGGACAGAGAAAGGCUGCACUGCGUGCGUUCGUGCAGAAAAGGAAGAGAUUUAUAUUUAAAUAUAACAAAUUACUAAAACAGUAAAGGUAAAAAAAGCAACAUUUUUAUAAGCGAUUAAAAAUGUUUUCUUUUCCAUAACAAACACACAAAAAAACAUACAAAAAAGGCAAAUAAAAAAAAAACAAAACAGAAAAAGUCGUAUUAUUCCGGCGGCAGAAAUGUGCGUGAAGAGAGAGAAAAAAAAAUCAAAUAAAAAGAAAGUAACUAUCAAAGGAAAACAAGACAAAAAACACACAAUUUAAGUUUUCUAGUUUCGUAAGAUUACGGCGCGAAAAACAAUAGAAAGAGCGAGAGACAGAGAGAGAGAGAGAGAUGGGGCGAAGUGUCGCGCACUUGCGCGAGAGGAAGUGAAAAACAAGCAAACAAAAAAAAA